AUGGAACAUGAUCAAUACAAACAAAUAGACCAGCUUAUAACCGAGGGCUGUCGGGAUUUUGCUCGCCAGCGAUAUGACUUGGCUAUCCACCACUUCACUAGAGGUAUGAACAGUUGCAAAUACAUAGAGCAAAAUGCUGCCAGUACCGGCAACGAGACAUUGAGCAAGAUCAUUUUAAACAAGUUGGUUGCUCUCUAUGACUAUCGGGCUGCUUGUUAUGAAAAACAAAAGGAUUUGAAAAAGGCUUACCUUGAUGCUACCAAGAUCGUGAAGAUCGCACCCACGAAUUGCAGAGGAUAUUUGAGGUUAUGCAAAGUCAGGUUGGCCCGGGGUGAGAACAGAAAGGCACUUGAGACUCUCGAAAGAGGAGUCAGGGUGAUCAAAAGGGAGGGUUUGGAUGUAACGGGAACAUCCCCACAGGCCAAACUGUUCAAGAGAAUGGUGGAAGAAAGAGAUGCUCUUUCUGCUAAGAUCAUUGUUCCAAUUGACCGCAUCACUGAGAAAAGAUGCCUCGAUCCUGCUCAGCAUCUCCCGUUUGAGAUCCUGGAGAAAAUUUUGCGGAAAGCAGGAAAUACCAAGUUUAUUCUGCGAAAGUGUAUGUAUGUGUCUAAGAGAUGGACACGUGCAAUUCAAGCCAUGCCUUCCUUGUUCCAGGAUCUCGAACUGCUACGACAUGGCUCUUCAUCCUCUAUUGAAGCAUGUUUGAGUUUUUUGAAUCAGGUAGGAGACCGUCAUUCCCCAAAGGUAUUCCAAUCCCUCAAAGUUGUGGUUCCGCAAGGUAAGAACGAAGAGUCUUUAAGAGCAUUGCUAACGAGAUAUCCUAUCAGCUUCUUGCGAUUGCAUAUAAAUCUCCCGGACUCGCUCUACCUCUUCUUUCUGAUGGUUUUGAACUCGGAGAACGCGCGUUCUUUCGCUCAAACCCUCACAGAUCUGACGGUUCAGGCCAGUUUGCCAAAGCUUUGUUCCAUCUCAUGGAUGUCGUUUCUACCAAACCUCCGAACUCUUGAUCUCAGAGUUGUUCAGGAUGAAACCAAGGACAAGACGGUGUUGAAACGGUUUGGUGAAGUGCUGGAUGAAACAGUUGACCCCAGCUUCUCCUGUCCGCAGCUCGAGGAGAUAAUCAUAACCAGUGGCAUUUCGUUGAGAUUCGGUGGGUUUUUGAGUCGUGAGAGGUUUCCAAAUGUACUUACUCUCAAAUUGAGACAUCUCAACUUCAACUCUCUUAGUGAGUUUCCAGAUUGGCACAGUUUUUUCGGAUAUUACGAAACUAUAUGCUUACAGAACUGUGAUGGUCUUUCUUUCGAUUUAUUUGAGGAAACCGCAAAUAAUGGAGCCAGUUCUUCCAGACUCAAGUGGUUGACGUUUUCCAAUGGCACCACUCAUUUGAGACAACCGUUUAAACAGACUCAGCUUCUCGUGUUCAAUAAGCUUGAGUAUUUGAAUUUGACCAAAACUCAAAUUUCACUGAAAAAGAUUUAUCAAAUCUUGAGCACCGCCAGAGACACACUCACAGAGAUCAACCUUUCAGAUAUUAAGGGCUUUUCGUUUACGAGACUCCUGUUUGCCAGUCCGGACUCUGAGUUUUCCUGGAAGUUGUUCCUGCAAAAUACCCCAAAUCUGAAAAGACUAACAGUUCAAGAAGGAGCAGGACUAAACGACCAUUCUUUGAAAGAACUGGGAGAUGCUGUGGCAGAUUUUGUCUCAGCCAAGAUACUAUCUACUGGGUCAAGCUAUUCUUUUAGACUGGAGCUGUUGGACCUGUCGUAUAACGAUAUUACGAGACGUGGACUAAUUGGCAUGUUCCAGAACGUCGACUACAUAGUCAAGAGAAGGACCGAACUUGCUGAGCCAGUUUCUUUCUUUGCAGAAACUCUGGUCCUUGGUGGAAUUGGCAUGAGGCCGGAAGACGAGUUUUUCAUGAAGAGCGGCUUCUGCUCCCGAUGCAUAGUUCAUAGAGUCACGCGUUCCAGCCAGAAGUAUGAGUGA